AUGGCACAAUCACUCAAGAAAAAGGGAAAUGAUUUCUUUGUCAAGGGCGACUACGUGAGUGCCGAGGACUACUACACACAGGCAAUCGCCGAAGAUUCACAUGAUCCAACCUUCUUUACGAACCGCGCCGUGACCCGCAUCAAACUCGAGAAAUGGAAGGAUGUUGAGCACGACGCACGGGCUGCCGUCAAUCUCUAUGUGGAUAAGGAUCCUGGCGCCCUUAAGAGCAUGGGAUAUCUGGCUGAGGCCUUGAUCGCUCUUGGUCGUCCCCAGGAAGCACACGAUGUCGCCCAGUCUGCGUAUCGCUUGAGUCUGGAUACCAAGCAUGCGCAAGCGGAGAAGCUCUCUGGCUUGGUGCUGCGCUCAAAGAAGGCCCUCUGGGAGGCUCGUGAAACGACGCGGCUGCACGAGAUGGACGAGACCUUGAAGAGUGUCGAGGACCUGAUCAAUGCUGAUCUGGCACGUACAGAAGAGGAUCUCGCACAGCACUUGGAGAAGCACGAGAUUGGCGAGGUGGGAUACCGGGAAGAUAUCCAUGCACAGCGGGCGCUGGCGCAGAAGAAGAUUGAGCAUGUUCGUGAGGCGUUCCGCAUCUCGUCCAAGGGAGAAAUUCAGGAGCGGGUGGUACCUGACUACUUGAUUGACGGUAUCACCUUCGAGAUCAUGCAUGAUCCCGUCAUGACACCUUCAGGAACAAGCUUUGACCGGGCCGGGAUCGUUAAGUACAUCGAGAAGUCCGGGGUUGAUCCGCUUACUCGUGAGCCCAUGACUGUGAAAGACCUGCGCCCCAACUAUGCACUCAAGGCGGCCUGCGAGGAAUUCUUGAGUAAGAAUGGCUGGGCAGUGGACUGGUAG